AACAACUUCACUUUUAAUGUCACCCCUGCUUGGCUUCCUCCUUUCCGAUUGGAAACGAUAGCCCUUAGGUCUUGCAAGUUGGGCCCCAAGUUUCCUAAUUGGCUUAGAACUCAAUUCAAUUAUAGACGGCUUGACAUUUCCAAUAGCGGCAUCUCAGAUUCAAUUCCCUCCUGGUUUUGGAAUACAACUAAGUUUAUGAGUGUUAAUGCUUCUCAUAACGAAAUCACGGGAACAUUUGGAAAUGGUGGUCAAGCAUCAAUCAACGGCAAUGAACUAGAUAUGAGUUUCAAUAAACUAGAAGGUGCCAUUCCAAUCUUUUUUUCAAUGUGAAAGCACUGUACCUUUCUCAGAAUAAGUUCACUGACCUGAACUCCCUAUGUGACGUUAAGGCAGCAGCUGGUUUGAAGGUAUUGGAUAUCUCGUUCAAUCAACUUUCAGGAACACUUCCAGAUUGUUGGUUAAGUCUCCAUAGUCUGGAAGUUCUCAACUUGGCAAACAAUGACAAUCUAUCAGGGAGUCUUCCAACUUCCAUUGGAUUAUUAGCUUCCCUGAAGGCAUUGCAUCUUGACCAUAACAAUUUUAUAGGCACUCUACCUCCAUCCAUGAAAAACUGCUCCAACUUGGUAGCUUUACACAUGGGACACAAUAACCUAUUUGGACCAAUACCAGAUUGGGUGGGUGAAAAUCCAAAACAGCUUGCAAUACUUGUGCUAAGAUCCAACCACUUCAAUGCAAGUGUACCCACAAGUCUGUGCCGUCUCCAAUCUCUUCAACUGUUGGACCUGUCCUUGAACCACAUCUCAGGGACUCUUCCUAAAUGUCUUUCUAAUCUCACUAAAAUGGUUGUCCAUGAACAAAAUCCCAGUGCCAGCAUUUCUUAUUCCAUAGCAGGUAAAUCCCAUGGUAUUGAUGAAGCCUUUAGCCCAGAUGACGAAAUAAUAGAUGUUGUGUGGAAAGGUAAGGUCACUGAAUUCCGAAGUACAUUAAAACUCGUAAAGAGUAUUGAUCUAUCAUCCAACAUGUUGAAUGGGGAAGUUCCUACUGAAAUCACAUUGCUUGUUGGGUUGGUUUCUUUGAACUUAUCUCGAAACAACCUAAUGGGACAGAUUCCUUUAAGGAUUGGUAACUUGGCAAACUUAGACUCUCUUGAUUUGUCUAAUAACCAUUUAUCUGGUUCCAUUCCUCAAAGCCUUGGCCUAAUUCAUGGCAUAAGUGUUCUCAAUGUGUCCAACAAUAACUUAUCAGGAAAAAUUCCGAAAGGCACACAACUUCAGAGCUUUAAUGCAAGUGCAUACGUAGGGAAUCCCGAGCUAUGUGGAGAUCCACUCCCGAACAGCUGUCCAGGAGAGGAAACAACUCAUCGUUCUCCACCUCGAUUCAGUGAAAAAGAAGAAGAUGGUGCUUCUAAUAGAGAAGAAACGAAUACGAUUUUUGGUGGUGAGUUUUAUGCAAGCAUGGUGAUCGGAUAUGCGGUUGGAUUUUUGGGAGUUGUUGGGACAAUACUAUUCAGCAGGUCAUGUAGGUUUGCAUAUUUCAAAGUCCUUCAGGAUGUUGCUAAUUGGGCUUAUGUUGUGGCUGCAAUCCAUAAGGCAAAGUUUGUGAGAAGAAUUGGGGGUUAACAGAUCAGGGAUCUGCACUGGUUCUCCCUGAAGGCCUAGUGGCGAUGCGGCGGGGAGGGGUGGCGUUCGUGCAGAUAAGGCACAAUGGCUGUAGAUAAAGUGGUGGUGAUGUUGGAUGAGGCGGCAGGUAGCACGGCACGGCGCCAUUGGCGCCAGUCGUGGCAGCAAAGAUGACGGCAGUCUAGUGCCAGACGGUUGCACCAUCGAGAAAGUGAAGAGAACAAUGAAACCAGCUUUUCCCAAGCAAGACUUCCCUGACAAUGAAAAGAAAACAUACCCUGCAAGUGUGGUUUUAAAUGAUAGCUCGGAAGAAUACGAUGAAGUAAGCUUGUUAAGGGCCAAACUGGAAGAGAAGGAAAAAGAACUUGCAAACGUCUACAGAGAAAACUAGAACCUGAAGCAAAGAAUGAACGAAAAGGCUAUGGAGGCAUCAUCAGCCAAGGUAAAGGAAUAAGAAACUACUCUCCACUUAAGAAAAAAAGAAACUACUCUCCAUUUGAAGCAGGCUAAAGAAGAGCUGGCAUCAAAAUGUUCGGCGAGCUCUGGAGAAAGAAGAGCCAGAAAUAAUAAGGGUAUUAUAUCUGGUUUUUGUUUCCUUGUUUUUCUUUUCUAUCUGUUGCAAUUAAACUUGACUUUGGUCAGUUUCCACUGUAAAUAGGCAUGACAAUUUAGCCAAACACUAAUUUUCAAGUCAAAAUUAUUCAUUUUGACUGAUUAUAUAUUUAUACACGGUAAUAUCGAUAGAAUAAAAAUUAUAUGAAAAUAUUCUUUAUUAAAAAAUACUAUCAUAAAAGUAUAAGUUUAUUAAGUUUCACAUAAAUAUAUUAGCAAAAAAGAUCAGGUCCCUCCGGAAAGACGGGAGGAACCGUCGGGCCAAGGCCAUCAGAGGCCCUUCCCGGUGGAAUUUUUUGAUGAAAUUGUUUGAGCAUAUUCCUCAUCAAG